AUGCUGCUGCUGCUGCUGCUGCUGCUGCUGCUGCUGCUGCUGCUGCUGCUGCUGCUGCUACUGUACCAGCCGCUAGACACCCAAAUCGAGGCGCCCACAGCGUGGGGGGUCUUACCCAAAAAGCCCCAUGAAAGAAAGAAAAGAAAGCGGCUCAGGUCAACACGCACAUCCACUACGACCACAUCAUGGGGAACUAUGGCUUCUGUGCACCUGGCGGGCGUGCUCUGCGCGGGGGUUGUCGAAGUCUCUCGGCUUUCGUCAGUCCCUGAAUCCCUUCACUACGCUCCCCUUAGAACCAUUUCUUGUUUGGGGUUUUGA